AAACGAUCCCAAUAUUUUUUGUGUAUCACAAGGAACUCCCUCUCCUCUUCUACCUCCCGCCCCUUUCACCUCGUUUUCUUUCCCUUCUGUUACCAACUUACUCUAGUGAGAUCCAUACAUAACCGAGCAAUCCCACUGCCCAUCUCUCCCCCUCUCUGUCCCCUUUUCUCUCUAGAACCAGGGUUGUUGAGAAGCGGCAUUGGAGUUGGAGUUCUUGGUCCUUACAUUGGUACAAGAGCAAGAAGCAAGGACAAGGAGGGAAGAGGAGGAAGAGGGAAAGAGUGAGAGGCACCAGAAAGGUUCCUCAUUUGCUUCUAGUUGCUUCUUCUCUCUCCUUGUGGAGAGAGAGGAGUGGGCGAGGAGAUGGGCGAGAUGGUCAUGACAGGGUAUGGCCUGGACAAGCCGGUGCGGGGAAGCGUCAACCUCGACACGCCGUGCGGCGCGCUGCUGCGCGAGCUCGAGCAAAUAUGGACAGAGAUUGGGGAGCGUGAACAAGAUAAAGAUCGCAUGUUCCUAGAACUUGAAACAGAGUGCAUGCGGGUGUACCGUCGAAAGGUUGAUAGUGCCAAUGCUGAGAGAGCCCAGCUCUGUCAGUCAUUGAUGGCCAAAGAAGCAGAGCUUAAAGCUCUCGUUGCUUCUAUAGGGGAAAAUACCCCACGAUUUAAGGUGGAUGAAAAGCACACAUCGUUGAAAGAUCAACUUGCUGCAGUGACACCUCUCCUGGAAGAUCUUAGGGCAAAAAAAGAAGAAAGAAUGAAACAAAUCUCAAAUGUGCAAUCUCAAAUCGAGAAGAUAAAAGCACAAAUUUCUGAUCACAGUUAUCAGAACAAUGACGAUUCAGUCAAACAUCUUAAUGAUGAUCAUGACUUGUCGACCAGAAGGCUUUCUGAUCUUCAAAUGCAACUGCGCAAUCUACAGAAGGAAAAGUCUGAUCGCCUUCAAAAGGUCUUCAUAUAUGUGGAUGAAGUGCACUGCCUAUGUGCAGUGCUUGGGUUGGAUUUUGCAAAGACUGUAAAAGAGGUGCAUCCAAGUUUGCAUGGAACAAACUUGGAAAACUCAACAAAUAUCAGCGAUAGUACUCUUGAAGGUCUUACUCAGACUAUCCUGAAGCUCAAAGCGGAAAAGAAGACAAGAGUUCUGAAGUUGCAAGAGAUUGUGGGUAAACUUCACAAGUUAUGGAAUCUGAUGGAGUCAACUGAACAAGAGAGGAAGCACUUUGCCAAAGUAGCAGCUGUUCUCGGAUCUACCGAGGAAGAGAUCACUUCUCCUGGUAUUCUGUCGUUGGAGACAAUUCAGGAGACAGAAGAGGAAGUCGAAAGGCUAACUAUACAAAAGGCAAGUAGAAUGAAGGAGCUUGUUCUAAAGAAACGGUUAGAACUAGAAGACAUCUGCAGAAAUGCACAUAUGGAGCCUGAUGUGAGCACAGCACCGGAGAAGAUCAUUGCAUUGAUUGAUUCUGGUUUAGUGGAUCCUUGUGAACUCCUUUUCAGUAUUGAAGCGCAAAUAGCAAAAGCAAAUGAAGAGUCCUUAACAAGGAAAGAUAUCAUGGAGAGAGUAGACAAAUGGCUAUCAGCUUGUGAUGAAGAGACUUGGCUUGAGGAAUACAACCAAGAUGAUAACAGGUAUAGUGCUGGCAGGGGUGCCCAUUUGAAUCUCAAGCGUGCAGAAAAGGCAAGGAUACUCGUUCAAAAGAUUCCAACUAUGAUUGACAACUUGAUAGCCAAAACUUUUGCGUGGGAGGAUGAGAGAAAUGUUCCAUUUUUAUAUGACGGGGUUCGUUUGGUUGCCAUCCUGGAAGAGCAAAAACUCAGAAGGGCACAAAGGGAGGAAAACAAGAGGCGCAGCCGGGACCAGAAGAAGCUGCAGACUUUAUUGCUUAAGGAGAAGGAGUUGAUUUUUGGGUCCAAACCUAGUCCCAAAAAGACAAGCAGCUUCAACAGGAGGACGAGCAGCCAUCAUCCGAAUGGAAAUGGCACUGGAUUCAUGACCCCGGUGCCCCGUCGAGUCUCAGCUGGCAGUGCCACCCCUGAGCUUCUAACCCCUCGCUCGUAUUCCGGUCGGUACAAUAACUACUUCAAGGAGAGCGGAAAGUUGACAGCCGUACCACUGAAUUUCUCGACAGUUUCCAAGGAGGAUAGCAUGUCAUCCUUCGCCUCCAUAAGCGGCUCGGAACCUGAUUCACCAUUGUUUUUGCACUAAGUGGAGGAGACUUCUUGGCGAGAAGGAUGGAUAGCCUCAAGAUUGGACCAUUGUGUGCUACCUGUUAACAUUGCUGAUAGAGUGACGACAGAUUGUGACAGGAUUUAGAUAAGAUUGGUUGUAGAUAUAAUAUCUAACAUUCAUGGUGUUGAUGUGGUACCGAAUUAAGUUGUUAGUUGUUGGAUUAGGGAACAUGCGAAAUGCAGAAGUUGUGCAAUGUAUUUGUUGUGUGCUAAGUAGGUUAAUUCCUUUUGAGCUUCUGUACUUCAGGUUGUGUAUCAGUUUGCAUGUGAAGAAAAGGGAUGAUUUUUUUUUUGUCAGGAAAAGGUAUUGCAUCGAGCCUUCUCUUGUAAACUUGUAUAUUGGAUCAUAGCUGGUGUGCUACGGGGAUCUAACGCACAUCUUUUCGUCGGA